CCCAACGGGAGUGUAAAUCGUCUCGACAGUCCGAAAAUAAAGACAACAUUUUGUGCGGAGCCAGCCGAACGGCACGCAAAAAGAACAAUAAGCUAAGAGUAAAUGAGGUUAAAGGGAGCAUUUGCCGCCGUUCGUCAGACACACGAAUGAUUACAGCUAGGAUCGGAGAGCGGACGAUCGUACCGAAAAGAUAUCGACUGGCCACACAGGGACGUGCAGCCCGUAAUAUUUAGUGCGAACGACUGCAGGCGCUGGGAUAUGGCAUCGGUGGCCCGCAAGCACCCGUCGAAAAUUUAUGAUAUACAAGCCCACAGUAGCAAAGUGUCAUGCCUGGAUAUUGGAGAAACUGGACGCGUGUUGGUUACUGGUGGCCACGAUCGAAACGUGAAGCUAUGGGCAUUCGGUAACGACAAAUGUUUUAUGACACUGCCCGGUCACAACUCCUCCAUCGACUGUGUAAAGUUUGCGUACUCGGACGACUUUGUCUACUCGGCGGAUGACACGGGCGUGAUAAAGCGCUGGGACCUAAACGUCACCGAGUCGACGUCCCUCUUCGGGCACAUGAAAAGCGUCCGGACGCUCGACUUCUACCCGUACAGCGAGUACGUUGUGUCCGGCAGCAACGAUACCUCGAUCCGGCUGUGGGACGUCCGGCAGAAGGUAUGCAUCAAGCGCUACCGGGGCCACAUGUCGCACGUCAACUCGGUAAAGUUUUCCCCCGACGGCCUAUGGAUCGCAUCGGCGGGUAAUGAAGGGAGCGUAAUUAUAUGGGACAUACGCAUGAGCAAGCUGUUCAUGGAGUUUACCGAGCGGCAGACGCCGGCGACAUGCGUCCAGUACCAUCCGUCCGAUUUGCUGAUGGCUGCCGGGCGAAGUGACGGCACCGUCGACCUGUACGACCUCGAGAAGAAGCAGCUGCUGUCGCGCAGUGGGCCACCCGCUUCGAAGGGCACCCCGACGCCAGCGGCAUCUAGCACCGGUCAACCCGUCCGGUGCGUCACGUUCGACGAGAGUGGCAAGUGUUUGUUCGUCGGCACGGCGGCCGGCAUUACCGUCAUCGGCUGGGAGCCGGACUGCGAGUUCGAUCGGCUCGAGUCGAAUUGGAGCCAGCUGGGAGAUAUGAAGGUUGCCGGCUCGAAGCUGCUGUUCGGCACGUUCGAGGAGGGCUCGGUGUCGAUCCAUGCCAUGCCGCUCGGGAAUCUGCGCGCAUUCUACAACCCCCAAAGUCAACCGGCCUCGUUCAACCACCACCAGACGUCCCGCAAAAGCUUCAGCCGGGGCAGUGGCAAGGUGCGCCUAUCGAUAGGUGGCGCCGGGGGUGGUGUCGUCAUACAUUCGCCAAACCUGGCCUCGGCCGCAGGUGGUAGCUUUGACUUUGCGCCAGAGAGCAGCACCGGCAACGGUAGCAACGGGGGCGAUAUGUCCCCUAAUCUGAACAUCGAAAUGAUCGACGAGGAGGACGUCGCGUUCAGUGAGAAAACGUUCGACUUAGAGGUGCCACCUGCCGGCAGCGUCAACCAGCAGUCCACGGUUUCUACGAUGGCAGCCUCAUCCGUGGAACGGAUGGAUGUAAAUGGGAGUGGGAGUCCAUUCUUGGGCGGUCCGGGAGAGCCGAUGAUACCGGGGACAUCGUCACCACCGCUGUCGCCAUCGCCAACCCCGCUCGUCAACAGUCACUAUCUCGUGCAGGAAGAGAUGCAGAUGUACAACCUGGGCAACAAUCUCGACUACUUUCCGCUCCCGAAGGGCCACCUGCCGGACGCCGGUAAGGAAGAUUUCCCCGUCAACAGUGCGCAACCGCCGGACUACGCACCGAAGGGUAUCGUCGCCUCCUCACUGCCAGGAGCGUCUUCCACGUCCGCUUUCGCCAACGGAGCGUCCUCUGGUGUGGGUGGGAAGGGAGCGAGUGGAGGUUCCGGUGUGCGAGGAGGAUCAUCGAAGCACGACACCACCCAGCGCACUCGGCCCGGCAGCAUCCAUGGCGGCGUUGGCCACAGUCGAUCGGCCGGGAAUCUGGUGCGCCGGCUGGCCACAUCCAAGAGCACGCUCGAGCUGAACAAGCUGUCCGCCGAGGAGGCGGUCACGUUCAAGAAGCCGAUCAGCCGCGGAAGCUCACCGAUCCGGCACCAACAUUCGCAGCACCAACACCACCACCAUCCGCCCUUCAACUCGAGCGGCUCGAGCUCGAGCAAGAUGCAGCGGAGCGAGAGCAGCGCCCAGAUCAACAAUCUGCGCAACGGUGGCGAACGGACGCGCCAGCACAACGCCAAUGUGAAGGUCGAGAUCGUCACGAAGCCGGUCCGAUCGAAGACGUCACUCGACAUGCGCCGCUCGGCGGCCGCCAUGGCCUCGACAGCGUCGAUCUACGGUCAGCGCACGUCGAGCGUCAGCCUUGCCGCGAGCGGGACCGAGAUGGUCGGGCUAGAUCAGCUGCGGGACGCGUCUAGUGCGUUCAUCGUCGAUCGUUCCAGUUCCACCAUCAUUCGCUACGGCAUGCACGAGAGCUCGAGCCUCGAGUACGAGAUACAGGUGCUGCACAACGAGCACGACGCGACCCUGCAAGCCCUCUGCAACCGCACCGUGCUUCUGUCGGCCAUCCGAAACUACACGAAGACGGGUGACGUCACCGGGGCGCUCAAGGUCGCCGUGCGCAUGAACGACCAGCACAUCCUGGUGGACGUGCUCGGUGCAAUACUGGAAAAGACCUCCCAAUGGACGCUGGACAUGUGUGUGUUGCUGCUGCCAAAGGUGUACGAUCUGCUGCAGAGCGAGUACAAGUUCCACUGCACCCGGGCGUGCGAUACGCUGCGCGUCAUCCUGUCCACCUUUCUGCCGGUGAUCCGCGAAAAUACCGACCCGUGGGGCGCUUGUACGAUCGGCGUGGACGUGAGCCGCGAGGAGCGCCAGAGCAAGUGCCUGGAGUGCAAGAACUGGCUGCUGCGGAUACGAUGCCUGCCGGAGAACCCGAAGAUGGGCACCAACCUGCAGCAGCUGCAGAACAUGAUCGUGGACAUAUGAUAGGAACCCGUGGGCGCAAGAACGUGUUGCCGGCGGAUGAUGAUGAUGAUGAUGGCAGCAACACCAUCUUCUUGUUCGUGGACGUUGUCCCCACCCGCGUACACUGGAGGUAUUCUCACACACUCACCAGCAACCACCAGGCGUGCGGCGGGGUUCAGUGUCCAUUUGCCUCGUCCUAGUGAUAAGAAAGACAGAAGAGCUUAACUUUUACGAAGUGAUCGCUGCUGCUGCUGCUGCUGUGCGGCGCAGGCGCUAAGCGAACCAGCCGGAAUGGAGGAUCCACCUUUUCACCUCUCUGAGAGUAGACUGCACAGUUGCACAACAAAAAGACACACACACACACCCAGGAUUCAUACCCGCAGCAGCUGCAUCAGCCUUACAAAUGUCGUGUUUGCACUCGACACCCGAAUGCAACCGACUGCAUAUCCCUUUGCGGCUUGCUGCCGGCUAGGCAUUGGCUCCCCCCCCCCCCCCUCCCACUCUCCCUCCAAUAUCCCCCCAUGUUCCCCCAUCGUUUUGCGUUGCCAUGUGGGGUAGGUCGAAUAAGGUUUGUCUUUCCGUUGCAUUUAGGAGUUUUCUCAUCCAUCGUUCUGUUACUUACAAUGCGGAGUGUUUGGUUAAUCUUCUCACACUUCUGCUGGUUUUAAUUUGCAUCACCAACGAUUAACUCCAGAACUGUUUGACUCAUACCCUUUGCGAAUGCUUUGUGUUAACUUUUUUUUUAAUCUUCCAACCCGGCCCUCGUGUUAAUGCGCUCCCUAGUGUGGAUUUUAAUUUAAGUUGAAACAGAAACAAAAUAGUAAUAUUUCUAUAGUAAUAUCUUCUUCUUCUUCUUCUUAUUCUUCUAUAAUAUCUAAUAAGACUGAUCGUUUCUUUCGUUUUUUAUUUUAAUGUGAACGGUGAGCCGGCCUGGAUUAAACGUUUAAUACAUUAUAAUUAUAACUGCAGCAAACAUUCUAGUGAUAAGUGGCACGCGCCUAACGACUAAUACCAACCCGCGUAGGUUAACUGAGUGUAGGAGAUAAACAAAUAAACACUCGACGCCGGCUAGCGGCCAUAAAGAGUGUUAUUUUGAGCGAAGUUAGCGUGUAGGUAGGACGAGUUGUAGAGGAGCAAACGAAGUAAAAAUGAACGGUAUGAAAAGAGGAAUGGAAACUUUCGCAACAACAACAACAAAAAAAAAAUCAUCAAAAACAAAACGUGGAGCAUAGUGAUCGACACUAACCAAAAAGUACUAGUUUUUACAAUUAAAAGCUGCAUGCCUAAAAACAUGGAGCAAUACGAUUAGCGUUGAAGGAGCUGGCAUAUGAACAUGAAAACUAGAGCACUAGACAAUAAAAAACGUGGUUAGGGAAAGGACGUCACGAUAUAGUUUUACACACAGACACACAAAAACAGAUAGACAAGACGUUGGACCGAGACGAUGAUGAUCACCUGAUGAAAUGUAGAUGCAGGGGAGGUUUUUUGUUUUGUUUUUCGUUUUUUUUUAACCACAAACUAACAUCCGGCGGGGAUGGAAUCCCAGCCGGGAUGGCAACUGAGGAUAAUCAUUUUUAAUAAUAUGGAAAAAGUAAUAAAAUCGGCGCCCGUCAGGAGGGCGCACACAAGUGCA